AAGCCCAAGUUUGUUUACAUUCUGAAGGACCCAAUUUAUCCAGUCAAAAUUCGUACACUGCGCAUGUUCCUGACAUAUAAAAUUUUUUUUGUGUGUUUCACAUCGUGAAUCCAUUCGUGUUUUGCAUGUUCCAUACAUUUUUUCAUCUGCAUUGAAACGUGUCACUCGUAAUUAAAUUCAUAAGGCAGAAAAUCCAAAAUAAACGGGUUACAUAAAAAAGACGUAAUAUUCAGGUGAUUUGUGUCUGUUAAAGGAACAACAUAACAGCUCAACAUCUCCUGAAUCGUGCAGAGAGUGAGAGUGAGAAAAAUUUUCAGUGACCAGUUCGAAACGGAAAAUUCAUUUAUCGUGGCGUCAGAAAGCGGAAUCAGAACGCAGAAUAGUAAGGUUCAUCCGAGCCCAGGCGUUGCUCGUAGUAUUGUCUGGGCCAUAUCACCAUUAACAGCAUCAUGUAAUAUGACCGAAGAUCAUGAGCACGCUCAUACAGAGGAGGAAUCAACGCCAAUCGAGGAAAAAGAUUCCAAUCUGUUGUGCUCAGAAUUGGUCGUACACAUCGAUGACAUUUUUGAUGUCAUUAAAAAUGGUGAAUUGGCUGACGUUGAGAAUUUCGUGGAGAAAUUCGGAAUUGAAACGUUGAGUGCUCGUGAUAAACAUGGUUAUACACCAGCUCAUUGGGUCGCGCUCGAUGGAAAUGUUGAUAUGAUGCGAUAUUUGGUUGAGCGUAAUGCUCCAGUCGACUUGCGUUGUUUGGGAACACAAGGACCAAGGCCAAUUCAUUGGGCUUGUCGCAAAGGUCAUGCUGCUGUGGUUCAAGUGCUGCUCCAGGCUGGUGUCGGUGUGAAUGCAGCUGAUUUAAAAGGCUUAACACCGCUAAUGACUGCUUGCAUGUAUGGCCGUACAGCGACGGCCGCUUAUUUGCUCGGUAUGAAUGCACAGAAUCAUUUAACUGAUAUAAAUGGUGACACCGCUUUGCACUGGGCCGCUUACAAAGGUCAUGUUGAUUUAAUGCGAUUGCUGAUGUACUCCGGAGUUCAUCUGCAAAAAACCGACAACUUUGGAUCAACACCAUUGCACUUGGCAUGCUUAUCCGGCAAUUUAUAUUGUGUACGAAUGCUUUGCGAGAAGAACAAUGUUGAUCUGGAGCCAAAGGAUAAGAAUGGCAAGACACCAUUAAUCCUUGCUCAAAGCCAUCGUCACUUGGACAUUGUAAAGUUGUUGAAGAAUAUGAUUAAGAAACGAUCACGUUGGUUUCCACCAUUGUCAGAAGUGUGGGGACUACUGUUUGGCGGUGCGGGAAAUUCAAAAGGGCCUUUACUUUUGUUUGUAUGCUCAGUUUUGCUUUGGUGCUAUCCCAUGUAUAUGAUACGCGUUAUUCCAAAAACAUGGAACCUUCUGCGAAAAUCGCACUACUGCUUCAUCUAUUGGAACAUCUUGAUGUGGAUAAGCUGGAUUAUUGCAAAUCGUCGCGAUCCGGGCUACAUUCCUUUGAACUCAGAUCAAUACUAUCGAGCGAUCCGACAAAUUCCAUACUUGGAAAAAUGGAAGAAACGGAAUCUCAGCCUGACACGACUCUGCCAUAGUUGCCGUUGCUUGAGACCACUUCGCGCGAAGCACUGCCGCGUAUGCAAUAGAUGUGUCAGCUUCUUCGAUCAUCACUGUCCAUUCAUCUACAAUUGCGUUGGACUGAGAAACCGAAUGUGGUUUUUCCUGUUUGUACUGAGCGUGGCUAUCAAUUGCUCAUUCACAAUUUACUUUGCCUUAUACUGUGUUAUGAUCGAAGGAUUUACCAUACUCUAUAUGCUUGGGCUGUUAGAGGCGGUCACCUUCUGUGGUCUCGGUUGGAUUCUUACUUGCACCUCGAUCCUGCACGCUUGCAUGAAUCUAACCACAAAUGAGAUGUUCAAUUAUAAGCGGUAUGCAUAUUUGCGCGAUAAACGUGGACGCUACCAAAAUCCAUUCUCUCGAGGUCCAUUCAUGAAUUUGAUUGAAUUCUUCGUCUGCUUACCCGAUCGUUACGAUGACGAAAACGAUGACAUCAUCCUUGGCGAUCAUCAUUUGUGACAAUAUUAUCGAUUUUGAAUGUAUAUGUUUUCUUGCAAUUUAACUUAGAGCCAAGAGCAAAAGCUUUCAGAAUAAACAAAUCAGCACUCAGAAUAUUUCUAUUUGAAUUUUAAAGCUUAUUCCAUGGUGACAACAACAACAAAAAAAUAAAUGUUCCGGCACAAAAUUGCA